CUCGGGAUCUGCCAGUGCAAAUCCGACUGCAACUACUAGCGGUACAAGUUCUAGUACUAAUGGCGCCCUUUACAACGGCAUAUCUCCGGAAAUUCUCCUCAGUCUAGUGACAGGCGUGGCCGCAUGGAUUGCAUUCUGAUAUUUAUUCUUCGUAACACUCGCUUUGGCCCACCUUCUUCUGUGCUGUUCGCGUUUGCAUGUUUUUCUUUCCUGUUGAGACUCUCUUUUUGUUUCAUCCCCGGACUUGGAUUUGUACCCACCCAAUUUCAGCCUCGCUCUUCAAGUUGGUACAUAGUACACACCCUUUACUUACUGUGUUCGUUGUUCGAAAAAACUUUGACUCUGGUUAAACACAUCGAAUCUCUGGGUUCAAGCCUAGUGUAUGAGACGGCUCAGGCUUAUAUUUAUACGGCAACAUGUUCAGCGCUCAGGAUCCAGUCGACAAUUGUGAUCAAAGAUCUACUACAGACUGAAUAAAUCUUGUCUCAAAAGCGUCGAUAGAGUGAAUAGUGGAUAUUCUCAGCCUUGAGCCUGAUUUUCAGCAUACUGUCUGUCCAUUGCUGUUGCUACAUCAGUCCUGUAAGUACGUCGCCUUCUCGGUGCUGUCCAGACGACGCGCUGUAUCC